AUGACGUCAGACCAGGAGUCGACCGUCCCAGCUGAGCCUCAGGUGCUGCUAACGCGGGAGACAUGGUCGCACCACCUCGGCCCGGAGCGUCAAUACCUGGUACGGUACUGUCACUAAAGCUCUCUGCUCACACACACAGCCUUUUGGGUCUGGUAUAGUAGAUAACAUGUUUCUCAGCUAUGUGACAUGACCAGUAAAAACCUCCUAGCUCUAAUCAUUAGAUACAGACCUACAUUGCAGAUUGUCACAAGGAGGAUUGUGCAGUUGUUUGUAACUUGAUGUGCUGUUCAGAUUGUUCAUAAGAACACACACACUUGCAUACAUCCCAUAUACACCCAUAACUAUUUUAUCCCUCCUGCUGCUCAGAGCUUCAGUGGGUAUUUAGCCAUAGAGUCACAGUCUCGGCAUGCCUUCUGUAGUGGCCUUGCUGGGAGAGAGAGCGAAACAGUGAGUCAGUCAGUCAAAUAGACGCGAACGAGGGAACCUAAAAGGGAUAGAGGGAGGGAGAAGGAGAGAAAGGGGAGUGGCUUCCUCUAUGCUCUUGCAUUGGUGCUCGUCUGGCCAUGUGCCAGAGUGCUAAUCCUAUUCAAACUAUAAACCUCACACUGGGAGGCUCUCUUGAGUGGCAGGGCCAUGUGAGCUCCUUCAUGUAUGCUAUUCUGGGCAGGGGAGGAGGAAAGCGCGAGAGGAGGAGAGGACCAGGCUGCUUCAGGCAUCAAGCCCAGAGGGGCUAGGGGGCAAGAACCAGGACGCGUUACAUGCUAAUGGCCUGGCUCAACAUGUAUCUGACCAACUGGCUCAACACACUUGUGUACCAAAUGGACCGGCCAAACGGAAGCUUCAGGAACAGGAGAAGAAGGACAAUGUCGUCCCGGACAACGUGUUGACAGGCCCCAUGGUGAGGGGUAGCGGCGUGCGGAGUCAGGGGCUGCUCAGUCCGGAACACUCACACAAGGAGGAAUCGGCUAUUAUUAACGCCUCCACAGGCCCCGGCAUGGUCACACAUACCAACGCCGACGCACACAUAGUCUCGAUGGAGGCAGGUAUAUAUAUAUGGAGGGGAGUGUGGAGAGCCCAUUAAAACAUAAUCUAGCAGAGAACAGCAUGGAGAAUUCAGUUAGACAAAGGAUGAAGAACACCAUGGAGAACACACCCAAACAGAAGAUGAAGAAAAUUGAGAACCUAGCGAGACAGAUGGAGAACACCAUGCAGAACCCAGCCAGCCAGAGGAUAGAGAACACAGUGGAGAACCCAGAAAGUCAUAAAAUAGAGAACACAGUUGAGAGCCCUGUGAGACAGAGGAUAGCAGAGAAUGCAGUGCUCAGGGCUACCUGGUUCAGCCAGAACCUGGAGCCUGGCCAGGAAGAGACAGAGGGCUGGGGAACCCCCCUGGUCGGGACAUCCCCAACCCACCAGCUGUAUGAUGUCAGAGCUGCGGGGGAUUACCUCAAUUUAGUGGCAGAGGAGGAGGAGGAUGAGGAGGAACUCUGUGUCGUCAGGGCAACCCUGGGGCGGGGAUUCAGGGCCAGAGCUCAGAGCUUCUACAGCAUCUGUUCCAUCGACGCAGAUGACCUCGACACUGACCAAUCGCAGACAGCGGAACAUACAUCCUUUAUCCAAUCGCACAUAGCAGAGCCUACAGCCUCUAUCCAAUCACACACAGUCGAACCUACAGCUAUCCAAUCACAUUCAGUGGAACAUACAGCCUCUAUCCGAUCACACACACAAUAA